UCUAUAGCUGUGAUAGGGAACAUCGUUAGGUCGUUAGAGGUAUCAAAAUAAAUUCUUUUCUUUGGUAAUUAUAUUCUAUUUGGUUUUAGCCAUAAUUUGGUCUCCGAAGUUAACUUAUUGUGACCAUUUAACAGAAUUGUGAAUUAAAAGAAUUGCAAAGUUUAUAAUGUCGGUAGCAUUUGCACCUCGCGGUAACCGGCCACCACUAAGUCCGGCUCAAAUCCAAAAAAUGUUAGAUGAAAAUGCUCAUCUUAUACAAACUAUUCAAGAAUAUCAAGCAAAGGGUCAAUUAGCGGAAUGUCAUCAGUACCAGCAAGUUUUACACAGGAAUCUUGUUUAUUUGGCAUCUGUAGCUGAUGUGAAUCUCCAAGCCAGCUUACCGCCACCCCAUCAAUUGGCAAGUGGAAAUGUACCACAAGGCCCUCCAAAUCCUCCAGUAAGUGGAGCUGAUGUAAGCGGAUCACAACAAGCAUACCGGCCACCAUCUGGAGUUUCAACAACACCUACUAGACCAACUCAGUCAUAUGGACAAAGGCCAUAUCCACAAAACCAAUAUCAGGGACAGUAUCAAGGUGGUUAUCCUCCUCAAGGGGGAUAUGGUCCACCUGGACAGGGAUAUGGACCACCAAACCCUCAACAACCUCAAGGUUAUCCUCCUAAUCCACAAUAUGGUCCUCCUAUAACAACUAGUCCUAACAAUUAUCCACCAUCUACUCACCCUGGACCUGGUUAUCCUCCAUCAACAGUGCAGCAACCUUAUGCACCUCCUCCAGGAAGCCCAGCAACAGCAGGCUCCCCAUAUCCAGUUCGUGGACCAGGGCAACCAGGGUAUACUGGUAAUUCGCCAUAUCCACCUCCACAGCCAGGUGGUAACUAUCCUCCUAAUGUGGGAGUAAGUACAUAUAAUGCUACCACUUCGCAGCCACAGCCUUAUCAAACCCAGUCAUUUCCUAAUACAACAUCUACUUCUGCAUAUGGUUCAACUCCAGUUUCGCAACCCAAUCGUUCACCACAACCACCACCUAGUGGAUACACUUCACAGAAUCCGCCAAGCUCUGGUGGAUAUGGAACUCCAUCUGCCCAGUCUCCAACAUUCAAUUCAAGUUCUCAUGGUAAUAAUAUGCCUCCGUCAACAGCUGCUUCAGGUGUUCCAACUCAAAGUGGGCCUGGACAGCAAUACCCUCCCUCUGGUCAACCUUCACAAUUUUCACAAGCCUCUCAACAACCAUACUCGAAUCAGUCUUCACAGCCAGGUAGCCCAUCACCUUCAGCAUCUACGGCUCCACCACCACAAUCAUCAUACACACAGAAUCCACAGAACUAUCCCCCUGCUGGAGGUAAUUAUCCACCUCAUGCAUAUCAACAAGGCUAUCCACCGAGUCAAUAUCCCCCCUCGCCUUACCCCUAUGCAAGAGCACCAGCUCCAGGGGCUCCUCCACCAGGUUCAGCUCAACCUUACCCUGGCUACAGUUUCCAACCAAAUCCCAAUCAACAGUAGAGUAUAGUCACCUGCUAAAAUUAGGGUAGAUGUAAUACUUAAAAAGUCAGAAUAUCCCCCUUAAUGUGGUCAGGGUGUGUGUAUGUAUAACCAUAAAAGCAACAGCUUGUAGCUAAUAAUAAUUGUAAUAAAAGUAAAGUAGUUCAUCUCCAGUUUUAGGUAUUGAUCAAUGAUAGAUAAGGUCAUACAAUUAAAAUAGUUAGUUUUUAAUAUACCCAAAUAAUCAAUCUGGUUCAAUGUUUACACACAAGAACAAAGUGAUCCAAUAAUUAAUGAAAUUGCAGUAAUCAAAGUUGAUACAAUUGUAUUUUACCCAUGGACUUACAAUAUACUAGUAAAACUAAACAACACCUGCAAACAUCCUUAAUUGAUAUACAGAAAAAUUAAAAAGAGUUACUGAAUCUCUUGUUACUGUAACCGAUUUUGAUUGACAGGUCGUAUAUUAUACAGUCAGCCACAUUUGGCUCCGUAAUAUUUUAAAUAUUAAAAACCGCUAGCAAUAACACACAUUGAUAAAUCAAAAGAUCUUGCAUUAUCAGGCUGUCAGGUUCAUCUAAACGUUAGUAUAUUUUCAGUCAAUGGAUGUACCAAUUACACUGUUUGUGACGAAACUGUUAGUUAUUAUAUAAUAAUAAUUGCUAUCAACUAUUAGACUGACUUGUUCCUGAACAAUUAUUUUCGUUUUUUAUUGCAAUACAUGGCAUUAAUUAAGUUGGUUUUAUAGUAUAAGUAUAUACACAGUAUGUAGUAGUAGUAGUAUUUACUUAUUAGAAUUAGGAGCUAGCAUGUGUGGAAAAAAUAAAGGAUUAAUGAAAUACAAAAAAAGACAAGCAUUUAAAAAAAAAGUGUGUGUGAAAAAAGUUAUACUUCUUUGGCCUAACAAAGCAAAAAUCCUUAAAAUUAUUUAUUCCUCGUGGUAUUCUAUGUUUAUAGAAAGAACAAUAUUGUAAAAAUCUUGCAACAAUGGCUUUGACAAUUAAUUAUUAAAUAACGAAUACGGCUGUAUGGGCUUGAACUCUUUGCCUAUCCUAAUAAUGGACGAAGAAAAAAAAAAUAAAAAAAACAAACGUCAGAAAAUUUUAGGAACCAACUUCACCAUGUUACUUUUAUGUUAUAGUGAUGCGCGCGCAUCAAAAAAUUUCACUUUUAUAAUUUUUUCAUAACGCGCCUAAAGAAGUAUAACUUCAAAAAUGUAUCAGUUAUAAUGAUUGUUUCUUAUAUUAGUAGAAGUAAGUUAGUAUGUAGGAUGGUUUAAUUAAGAUGCUGUACACUAAACCACAUAUUUUAGUAUGCAUCAACUAUUUUCCGUAUCUGUUGUGCAUGAAUGUAAUCAAUGCUAAUUAAACCUUACUAUAUAAUUUUAUGUUACGGGCACUUUAAGAAUACCAUUGAAAUAAGUAUUAUGACUUACGAAUAUAAUUAUUAUACAUUCAUUUUACGGAUAAAUAAAGAUAAACAAUCUAA